UUUAUCAGCCAAGUGCAACCUGAAUCGUGAGGAGCGGACGAUGGGGGGGAAAAAAUCCCACUGUUCUUUCUUUUUCUCUAACGUGACCGUCAUUAACAUGUAGACCGAUUCGCGUCAAAAGACCCGGAGCGUAAUGGUUUCUUCUGUCACAGGAGAAUUUUAUAGUUGUGAAUAAAAAAACCCAUUUUGGAUUAACGGAGCACUUGUUUUGGACUAAAAGGGUUUCCUUAAUUUCUUUCUGCCCGUGUGUAAAUGUUGGACCGCAUUUAACCCGAGUUUCUACCCUCUGGAGUGAAAAGUGCGCCAGUCUUAUUUCCAAGGCUUAUUUCCAACGCUUGAGCGUCGGGAUUUUUUCAGGGGUACUAUGUGGCUUUUGGAAGGACUGGACCUUAACCUAACGGGACUUAAGGCACAGAGGAAUAUUGUCUGAGGUGGAAAAAACAGCGGAUGGGAUCGUUUCUUAACGGGGACCAACUUUGGACUUGACUCUUCACAGUACAAGUACCUACUAGACCCACUGCACCGCAAUCGCUGCUUCUGCCGCUGUACAUGGCAAUAUGGAAACCAUCAUCACUGACUGGCUUGUCUAUCUCCUGAGAAGUGGUGCCUAAAGAUGAAAUCUUCAGUGUUUUCUUCUUCAGUCCAGUGAUUGUUUACAGGACCUUUUUGAGGAAUAUAUUUCCAUACUGUGAGGAAUAUUUCACAGAUUUUCUUUCACCAAUUUGGAGGAAACUGAUGGCUGCUACAGUUCUACUGGAUGCUUUGCAGUGCUUUGGUUUUAAAACGGAUCAUUAGCAUCCACAACCCUCGUUUGCUCCGGAGUUACCAAUUUCCUUAUACCUUACUUUUGUAUGAAUGUCAGUUUUGUGAUUGUGUUUGUGUUUGCAUCUGCAUGGUAUAAGUGAGAAAAAGGAAAUAAGGAGUUUGUUUCACGAGCAAGAACUGGCCAAAAACAGAGAAAGCAACCAAGUGUAAAACGUGGGACAGCAGCCAUGUUUGAGUGGAGGCAGCAUUCGAGGAUUGGAUGUCGGCUACUUCAGAGUGCUACAUGUGGGAGCAGAAGUAUGGGAUAUGUAGGUCUAGAAGGUUCCUUAAAGGCUAGCUGGUGGGUAUCCACUCUAAUAUGGCUGGGAUUGCUGCUUCUGCAGGCAUGUCCAGCUGUUGUGUUGGCUCAGAAACUUGAUGAGAAUGACCCAAUAGUAACCACAGCCAAUGGCAAGCUUCGUGGUAUCAAGAAGGAGCUGAACAAUGAGAUCCUGGGUCCUGUCAUACAAUUUCUGGGCGUUCCAUAUGCCGCGCCACCUACUGGUGAGCGCCGCUUUCAGCCACCUGAGCCAGCGGCACCAUGGCCUGACAUUCGCAAUGCCACACACUUUGCCCCAGUGUGUCCCCAGAGCAUCGUCGAGGGCCGUCUGCCAGAUGUCAUGCUGCCAGUGUGGUUCACCAACAGCAUCGAUGUGGUGUCUACCUACGUCCAGGACCAGAGCGAGGACUGCCUCUAUCUUAACAUCUAUGUUCCCACUGAGGAUGUCAAAAGAAUAUCCAAGGAAUGUGCCAGGAAACCGGGCAAGAAAAUAUGUAGACAAGGAGGUCCCCUUACAAAGAAACACAGUGAUGAUUUAGGUGAUAGUGACCGCACGGACGACGAAGACAUUAGGGAGAGUGGAAGCCCCAAACCAGUGAUGGUUUUCAUCCAUGGGGGCUCCUACAUGGAAGGAACUGGGAAUAUGUUUGAUGGCAGUAUCCUGGCCAGCUAUGGGAACGUGAUUGUCAUCACUUUAAACUACAGACUUGGCGUCCUAG